GGCCCAUUUGUGUGAUGUUUUAUUUACCUAUCAUUGUCACACUAUCCCAUCUCGUAUUUCCCGCCCUUCUAGUUCGUUUGGUUGUGUAAUAGACCUACCUAAUUAAUGAAAUGUCUCAACUUCCGUAUAGCACUAGAGUAACUUUGACGAAUGACUAAAAAGAACAUGUUUGGACAUUGAAAGAAAUACUCGUUUUUUGUAACGAUAUCCAUGAUUAAGAAGCACAGUACCGCGUUCACUUAUGUAGCCUUAAGAAAUUCGAAGAGCAAGCUGUAGCACAUGAUUGGGGCGGCGCUUUGUUUAGGGCAAGCGUCGAGAAAACAUGGAAUGUGACUGCAGACCUGACAGCCCCUGUACGACGAGCUCAAAUUGCGGAGAUGAGUCCAAUAUUGAAGCAUCAGUCAAAGGUCUGUGGAUAAAUGCCAACACCUUGUUGACGGGAUUGAUUUCAGUUGCGGGCUUUCUUCUCUUCAGAUGCUCACAAGCCCUCCCAGGAUGGUUUAGUUGGCCAAUUCGCAUCAUAUGUUCCCUGACUGGCAUAUCAUCCGUAUGGAGUUGGUUGACAAAUCUUGUUAAAGCUGUCCGUGGGCUCCAGACACUAUUUAAAUGGCUUGGUCGCCUAUGGCACUUCCUUGUUGCACUGCUUGCAAAAUUCAGCUGGGUGCCAGCUCUCUUCAAAGCCAUUGCAGGUGUACUGAUAUCCAUAAAGCAAGGGCUGGAAUUUGUAGUGAAUUUAAAGCAACAUGUAAAAGGGCCAUUUAAAAACAAAAAGGCUCAAGCACGACAAUCCAGGAGUCCACCUCCUGACCAGGGUUUGCGACUCAUUGUGGUCGGGCCACAGGGGAAAACCCGGAACUCUUUGGUCAGCAUUCUGCACGGCUCUGGCACUUCCCUGACACAUGAAGACACUCAGAAGUGCAAGAGGUGGAGAACAGAGAUAGAUGGAAGAGAGGUAACAGUGGUGGAAACCCCAGACUUACUGGGCAAAACCCUGGAGCCAGCACAGAGAGCCCGAGAGGCCUUACGCAGCCUUCAGAAGGCCAGCCCUGGUCCGCACGCCUUCUUGCUGGCCCUUCACUGUCCUGGCACUACGGCGGGAGACUGCAGUGACGCGGCUAAUGCCUUGCAUGCCUUAGUGGAACUUGUGGGUGAGGGGGCCCUGAGUCACGUGCUGGUGGUGCUCCUCACUGAAACAGAGGGUCGUGGAAGGGCGCGCAGUCUGUCUCAGUUGCUGGAGGAGGAUGCAGGAAGCCUCAGGGAGACGCUGUCCAUGUGCGGUCAGAGAGCUGAGCUUGUGGACGGCUCGCAGGAGAGCGACGGCGGGGACGCGGUCCCAAGGCUGCUGGAGAGGGUGGUGGAGAUGAGGGCCCUGCAGGGCCACUACGUCCACGAGCUGCAGCGCAGGGAGGAGCGGAUCAGGCAGGAGCUGCUAGCUGACAUGGCCCACGUCCUGACACAGAAGCUCGAGGGAAACUGGGGCUAAAAGCAGACAUACGAGGCCCUGUCAGACAAACAAGGACCCUGAAUCAUGAGAUUUGUUCGGUUGAUUUAGACUGUUUGAUUGUGACUACAAGCUGUCUGUUUAGUCUGUACACUGGAUUUUACACUCACACUACUGGCAAAUCUUAAUUUGUAGUAUUUUUGAAGAAUGUUAAAAUUCCUCCAAUGUCAGGAAAAGUGCAAUGUGUGUGUGUGUGAGAGUGUGUAUGUUUUAAAACGUCUGCAUAGUUUUCAUAUGGCAGAGCAAAGUAACAGUUUGUAAAUCUGGCAUUUGUACAUCAUCUUGCAUUUUCUGUAUAUUUGUGUUAAGGACCCCUUUAAUAACGAGAUGGUUCAUCUCAAAUUUAUCCUACUAAUAAAUUGUCAGAAAAUGUUGGUGUUGUAAUAAAAAGGUGAAAUGAAAAGAAGACAUGAAUCACCACUGAUUCAUCCAUGAAAGCAAAGUUGUAGGUCCA